AUGACCAAGGCCCCUUUCUCCGUCGAAUGGUUGUCCCAGAGCAGCCAGACUCUCAAGAGCCCCACCGAGGGCUCUCCGCAUCGAGCAUCCUCCGCGGGCCACCGGCCCGGCUCUGGCUCCAGUCCUGGCUCUGGCUCCAGCCCCGGCUCGAGCGAGCGGAGCCGGGAGCAGUCUGCCGGGCCGCGGGCCGGGAGAAGCGGCAGGAGCAGGGAGCGCGUGGCGGCCACUCCCGCUGCAGGAGCAGACGGGCGGCCGUCUGGAGCGGGGCAGCCCGUGCCUGAGGAGGGUCCCGAGUGCUCGGGCCCCGAGGAGCCCGGCGGCCGCGGCGGGCGGCGGCUGCGCACGGCGUUCAGCGCCGAGCAGAUCAGCACCCUGGAGAGCUCCUUCCAGCGGCAGCAGUACCUGGGAGCCGCCGAGCGCCGGCAGCUGGCCGGCAGGAUGCGCCUCUCCGAGGUGCAGAUCAAGACUUGGUUUCAGAACCGCCGGAUGAAGCUCAAGCGGCAGCUGCAGGAGUUGAGGACGGAGCCUUUCUGCAGCCCCCCUCUCCCUUACGGACCUCAGGGCGGUGUGGUGCCCUUACCUCUCGCAUACGUGGCCCGACCACCACCUCUGCCCCGGCAAGGGGCAACCUCUGAGGGUUUCACCUUGGCGGCUCUACCGGCACCCGCCCUGGACCUCAGCAGCGCCUGCAGAACACAGCCAGUAGGCUUUUGGGCGGCACCCUGCUUUGUGGGGUACAGGGAUCCCAGAGCUUUCUUGCUGGGUGUCUGA